CUCGAACAUCAAUAUCACCCCCAAACAACUUUCCUCGAUCACUCAUAGCAGAAUAAAAUAGUGCAAUUUUUUUUAAAUCUACGAAAAUAACAAAAUGUCUGAAAAACUACUACGCCUCCUCAAAACCGCCGUUGCGCUGGCAGAGCAAUUCCAGGCGACAAUAGACACCACUACCCCGCAAGCAACAACACAAACUGCACCGUCAGCCUCCCUAACAGACCCUCUACGUUUACUAUCAGACAGCACAAAAGCACUCAGGUCGCAAGUCACCAAGCUCUCCUUGCUCUCCAUCACGGCCCCCUUCACACCCUCUGCAAUCUCGACUGUCGUCGGGGUCGUGAAUGACUCGGUCAUGCCGUCCCUCGUCACCGCAGCACUCCUGCUUACGCCCAGCGAAUACACGAAAGCGUUUUCCAGCGAAGCUAGGAUUCUGAGCAAGACGGUAUUGCGGGAGUUUGCCUCGCUUGUGGAGGAUGUGAUCAGAUUGGCGGAGAAAAAGAAACGCGAGGAAGAGGCGAGUGAGGAAUUGUCAAAGGCUGAAAAGGAUGUUGUGACGUCUCGUACGGGGCGCGUGUGGGAUGCAUGUGAUACGCUGUUAGAUCUUGUAGAGAAGGGGAUUGUUGGGUUCGUGGCGGGGAGGGUUCAGCAAUGGCAUGAUUUGGUGAAAGAUGCUAUAAGCGAGUUGGAGGAAUGGGACCCGGAAGAUGAUACGGAUUUCAACGAGUUACUGGAUAGCGAUGACGAGGGGGAUGAUGAUGAGAGUGAAAAUGGCCAGGAACAAAUACCGGACGAAAAAGAGAAUAUGGACAGACUCCAAGACCAGAAGAAAUCGACAUUACGCGCCAUGAAGCCCCUGGUGCAGAUCUACCCGGCGAUAAUCUCGAAUCGGAUUAAAAAGGGCGGACUCGCGGCUUCAAAGUCUCAGAUACAGAAAUUAGAGUCUUUGUCGGCUGAUCUACAGGCUAUUCCAGAUCAUAUUGAUGAGGCGGCGGGUUCUUUAUAUGAGGGCAAUGUUGCAGAUUCUAUCCGUUAUCUGAGAUUAGCAAAGACGAGUGCAGAAAGGGCAGUUCAGUCGGUUGCUCUUCCAUGGAAAUCUGAGGAUGGAAAUGGUGACCAAAGUCCAGAAGAUAAAUUCACGACUUGGUCGAGGACAUGGAUGAAAGUCAUCAGCGAUGUCAUCAACGAUGUCUAAACAUAAAUAGUUAAAAUCCACUUCUUACACCGUAAUUCUCACGAAAUAAAUGCCAUAGGCAUUGUUGUUGUUCAUAACGUU